ACAAAUAAAAUGCGAAGUCCGAGCCAUAGCAGUUGUCGCUGGCUCUUGCCAUUGGCAUUUGUUUUUUGCCUUUUGCAGCUGCCACAUGCCAACGCCGAUGGCAAGCACAACGACAGCGACGUCGUUGCAGAUGCCGAGCUAAGCGCCUCGGAGCGUAAUCGUCGCUUGAUUCCCUAUAUGGCAUUCUAUUUGCCAGCACCGGAGCUGCCCAUCAAUCAGCAAUAUGCUGUGAAGCAUGCCUCAGCCGCCGGUGGCUCACAGCUGUUGGCGCCAGCGCCAGGCCCACCACCCAGUCGCAUACCCGUUCCCGUGGCCUACAUGCCGCAGUCGCAUCCACAACAGCAGCCGCAUUAUCAGUCCAAUGCAGCCGAUGUGUAUCACACGUUGGCGGUGCCGCAUGGACCAGUGCCACCUGUGAAGGGCAAGGAGCCGUCAGGGCAAGGCGCCACAUUUAUUGCCUACAAGCCAUUGAGCGCCACACAAAAGCACAAGACGGUGCAGCACUUUCCGCCGCUGACGCAGCAGGAGCAGGCACAGCAUCAGCGCCAGCCGCAGCAGGACCAGCAGCAACAGUACGAGUUGCUGCCACCGGCACCGCAACUGCAGCUGCAGUUUCAGCGACAACGUGGCAAACAAUCAAAAGUCAAUUUAACGCCGUUUACAGCGCAUAACACGCUGCCGGGACACUUUAUACCCAUUAUUUAUACACCGCUGAGCAAGUCGAACAGCAACAAUAACAACGAGCUGCAUAACGGCAAUACAAUCAAUUACAACAAAAAGCAGCCGCCAUCUGAAAUUGUCUACCAUAAAAAUGCGCAUCAAACACAAAUUGUUACGGAUUAUGCCGGCGAUGUGCCCGCCAUAGGCGGAGUCUCGCCAAUGCCGGAGUCGCAGUCACAGGAGGAACAGCAGCAGCAGUCAGCAGAGAAGGCGGUACAAUCGAAUCCAAGCGUUGGCUAUAGCGUGUACAAUGAGCCAGCCGUUGAGACAUCUGCCACAGCCAGCUCCACCUCAUCGAAAUCCACAAAAACCGCAUUGAUAGUCCAUCAAAAGUCGCCGGCCUAUGGACACGUAAGCAAAUACGAGAGUUACUACAACAUGUCGCCGGAACAGCUGCAACAACGGCAGCCACAGCACCUGCCGCAGGAGCACCUGCCGUUGACGCCGCAGGAAAAGUACGUGCUCUAUUUGCAGGAGCGCAUGAAUCAACAGAUUCAGCAGCAACAACAGGGACGCUUACUUCAUCACCAUCCACAGCAUCCACAUCAUAUCCAUCAACAACAGCCUGAGCAAAGCAAUACGAAGGCGGGCAAACAUCCGCACAGUCCACACACACAUACUCCAACGGCCGAGCCACCACCACAACCACCAUCACCACCAUCACACCACAGUCAAUUACACAAUUACAAUGGGCCAUUCGGACGUCCGGAGGCAACUCAGUCGGGACAGCAACAGCAACAGGUGCUGCAUAUACCCCUGCGCGCCCUCAUGGGUCCACUGCAUGAGCAGCCAAAGGACACGCUGCUCGGCUCACCCGCACCGCCACACUUUAUCGAUUACCUCAUCGAUGGUCCACGACAAUCGCUGGACGAGGAACAACAGCAGCAGCAGCAGCAACAUCAGCAGCAACAGCAGCAACAACAACCACAACAAUCACAUGCCUACAUCCUGGUUACCACCACAGCUCCGUACACAGAUCAUUCCCAGUCACCGCGUCUUCAUGACUUGUCACCACCCACCCGUAGGCCUCAUCUGUACAAACAGCAACCCACGCUGCGCCUACAGCCUGUGACGCCUGUGCACAAUUAUCAAGCAACACGACGACCCGUCUACAUCAGUCCACCCACGCCCAGCGAGACUGUCAAGAUAACGCCCAAGUACGUCUACGUGACUAGUAAGCCCCCAACAUCAGCUGUCCACAGCGAGCAGCCCCAAGCACCGCCGCCCGUUAAGCUGAAGCCCAUACACAAAUAUGCACAAGAGCGUAGACCAAGCCAGGUGCUCGCGCCGAACGAUGUUGAUCAGCUGCCGGACAUACGCACCUCGUCGCUGGCCGAGAUUCUCCACAAGCUGCAGGCGAGCAAUCAUUUGCCGCACACCCUCACCCCGGACAACAUAGACAACUCCAUCAAGACGCUCAUACGCAUUCUACAGAACCUAAAACAGACCCAAACAAUUGUGCCCAAUCCGCCGCAGCAUCAUGAGGCCAAGCCCAGCAGCAGCAACAAUCCCGACUACGACUACAGCACGGGCAGUGAGGAGGUGCAGCAAGCGCCAGCCAAAACUGCUGGACACGUCGAUGCGAAUCUGCUGCAUCAAAAGGGCCCAAAUAAACAUCCGGGACCCAGCACAGGUCGAGCUGGCAUUGAUUAUCCGAACUAUGCGGAGAUUCCGAAGACCAGCUUCGAGUGCACGCAGCAGCGUUACAAGGGCUUCUUCGGUGAUCCGGAGACCAAUUGCCAGGUGUGGCACUACUGUGAUCUCAACGGCGGCAAAGCCUCGUUCCUAUGCCCCAAUGGCACCAUCUUCAGUCAGAUUGCGCUGACCUGUGACUGGUGGUUCAAUGUGAAGUGCUCGACGACCUCGCAAUUGUAUGUGUUGAAUGAGCGGCUCUACAAAUACAUACUGCCCUUCAAUCCGAAAUUCCCCGAGGAUUACAACGGACCCAUUGUGGAUAAAUACUUGGCCAUGAAGUUCCAGGAAAUGGAAGAGAAAAUGCGUCUGGAAAAGCAACGUAAGGCCGAUCAGCAAGCCGAAAAGCCCGCUGCUCCAGCUGAGGCAUCCACGCCCACUUUGCCUAAGAACCAUAAGCUGUCGCCCACGCAUGGCAGUGGCAUCAAUGCACAGGUCUACGAGCAGAGCUCGGAACGUAAUCUGCUCAUCGACGAUGAGAUUGACGACAUAUCGGAGCGUGGCACCUACGACACCUAUGGCCAGGCACCAACCACGAUAAUGGCUCCAAUUACAACAACAACAACAACAACAUUGCAAGACUCCCAAACCCUGGGACAUCGGCCCAUAGUAGUUUCAUCUACGCCGGAACCAGAGCUGCCAGAGGAGUUCGAAUCGCUGCCAACGCUAGCUAACGAUCCUGAGCUGACUUUGGAGCCUGAACUGGUGGGCGACGACUCACCAGAGGGCAGCGAGGAGCUGGAGGACAAGCUGCAAAAUUUGCGGGACACAAAUUCGGCUGCCGGGCAAAAGCGGCGCGAGACGACGAAAGUGAGCGUCGAGAAGCUGGAGGUGAUUGAGAUUAAAACCGAUGGCUCAACUGGACACCUAAUGCCCGUGGAGCAGGCGAGGAAGUGAGACAAAGAGAGACAGAGGGAAUGAGAAAGCAAUAAGCCUGUGGCUGAGAGAAUGCUUGCCAUAUUUCUAAUGAGAGUUCUUGUACUUGUUCGUCUGUUGAUGGCAUACGCCCUUUAAAUUAUUCAUAGCGAGCGACUACUGUAAAUAGCUAACUUUAAA